UCAUUUUGUACAUAGUCGAAGAGAAAACUCGGUGGGGAAACCAGUGGAAACGAGUCCUUUGUUAGUUGCAGCUAUAUUUUCUUUUUACGUAGGUAGUCGCGAGUGCGGACAGUUGGUUUUGCUACCUAUUUACAUUACUAAAAAAACAAUGCGUUUGUUUUAGAAGCGGACAUAUUCGUGAUUCUUGAUUAAAAGUUAAAAGUGAUCUGGAUUUAAUAAAUUUACAAUGUGAAAUCGACACAUGACGUAGAAUGAACUCCAUCUCACUCCAGUCAAUUAAAAGUAUUUAACUAUCAGCGAGUUGUAAACAUGUCAUCAGUGGGACAGCUGGUCCCCCAAGUGACUCGGAGCCCCCCCAACAUGACGAUCAAGUUCCCCGGCCCCCACGUCGAGGGGUCAUUCUGCACAUCCAUCGAUUACAACUAUGACCCCAUCAUCAGCGUGCUCUGCGCUAUGUACAUCGCGUUCGGGAUUGUUUAUACACUGUUCGGAUACCGAUGUUUCAAAGCGAGUAUGUUUCUGACGGGAUUCACGUUCGGAUCGGCCAUCGUUUAUCUAAUUUGCCUCCAGGAAUACCUGAUGCCUCCGUAUGGCAAUGUUGGCGUGGCGUUGUGUGCCGGCCUGCUGUUUGGCCUCAUCACCAUGCUGAUACAAUACGUCGGCCUCUUCAUGACGGGUUUCCAUACUGGGGUUCUGCUGGCUAUCGCUGGCCUCGCCAUCUACGAUCAUUUCCUGGACUCCCGCCCCGCUACUUACUGGCUGUGCGUAGUCGUGUUGCUCUGUUCAGGCAUAUUCUUCGCCGUCAUAAACUUGUAUUGGAAGAAAGUUCUGACAAUCUUCGGCACGAGUGUGUAUGGGGGCGCUGUCAUCGCUACGUCACUUGACUACUUCUUCGAGCGAAUGAUGAUGCUUAAGUGGCUAUGGGAACGCGCGAAACUCGAGCCCGUAGUGGCGCCGCCGUGCCGCCUGUCGUGGCUGACGCUAGCGGCGUGGCCCGCUGCCGCCAUCGUCGGCCUGACCGCGCAGUGUGCUCUCACUGCUACCGGCAUCUAUCAUGAGCAGAGCAUAAGCGCGCAGAAGCGUCACUUGAAAGUGCAAGCGACGCGGCCGAUCACUCGCGAGCAGCGCGCCGAGAUGAAACAGCGCAAGUACCGGUACCUGUACCAAGUGAGGACUGCGCAUGGCGAUGUUAUAUCACAGUCAUACGUGCAAGCUCUUCAGAAGAAGGCCCAGUGCGGCAACUGGAGCGGCAGCGGCGGCGGCGAGUGUAGCACGCUGCAGAGCGACUCGACGCACCUCACCGUGCUGGCGGGCUCUGAGCACGCGCCCCCCACCGACUCCGACGAUGACCUCAACCAGAUCCGCGCCGCGCACUAGACAGAAUGUAAGGUGCACGAAGGCAGGUAACAAGGUUGGCUGAUUCAGUUUAUUAUAAUUGUGUACCCAGUAUUAUUGUAAGCGAAAUCCACUCAUAUUAUAUUACAGUAGUGUCUACCAUUACUCGUAUAUUUGUAUUUAAUGUGAAUUUAUUGUUGUAUUAUCAUUAAAAUUGAAUUUAGUGUGUUAGAGACGGGGUUCAAGGCCUAAGUUUAUUUAUUGCCAAAUAUAAGUUAGGAUUAAGUAUUUUAUGUCAAUUUUUGAAAGAUUUUUAACGUUAUAAAACCGUGGAUUUUAUAUUGAAAGAACACAGAACAUUCCAAAGUUUGCAUAAGUUAGCACUAAGAUUUUAUUAGAGUUUAUUUUGAAGAGAUAUAAUGCGGUUUUUUAUAGUCCGUAUAAAAAUCACUGCCAUCUUAAAACUGUCUUGAAAAUUGUGAAUGGUCUUGAACUCCUUGCGAUAUGGUUGUAUUAUGUUCGUCUGUUCUUAUAUUUUUUUUUGUAUCAAAGUACUGACUACUCAUAACGACGGCUUCGUAAGUUUAGACGAAUUUUUUAUAUGAAUAGAAUUAUUUAUUAUGCAUUUAUUGAUAUAUCCUCAUCUUUAAGACAUGAAUUUAUUUUUCUGUUUCACCAGACAUAUUUAUUUGUAGUUGACAUUAUUUAUAACUUGGACUUCAAAACCGUUAUCUCCAUACAAUGAUAACAGUUUAUUGAACCAUCUAUUUAAUAAUAUAUCAGUCAUCACAGUAUGACAUAGUUGAUCAUCACAAUGCGUAACUUUGUGACAUGAAGCCGUCGUAAACACAUCACCCUGUGAUAACCAGUCGUAUGUGAAGUGAGCCUGUGAAAACACGGUCUUGGAAAAGUAUUCGUAAUGUGGUAGUAAGUGGAAAAUUGGGGUUUAUUAGCGUAUCUAAGAUAUUUAAGUGACAAAAAUAAUUUGUAACGUUUACGAAUUAGAUUUUUUGACAACAAAUCAAAACUAUCAUUUCGCUGUAUUGCGUAUAAGUUUGUUCCAAAUAUUUUGUUUGCCUGUUUUGUACUGACUCUGAUAAAAAUGGCUUCAGUCAGGUUGAAGGUUCGACGCGGUUGUUACAUUAGAAUUAAAUAAGGGCGUUUACUUGUAAGAUCUGGAACUCGAUUAAAUCAGUUUAAUAGAUUUGAAAUGACUACGUCACGAAUGCUUUUUCCAAACGUCGUCAGCUAGGCUCACAGAUAUCUUUUUAUAUUUUCUUGCCAAAAAUAUGUGUCUCCACGGGAGUAUGGAUCUGUCCGACUCUUGAGUGUUUGAUACAUUUCUAUGUGAGUACUGUAGAGCACAAUGCGAUUUGGAUGUGAUGAACGGGUAAACUCUUCUGAAGAGUCUAGAUUAAGCUUAGGUUUACUGAUUAUUAACUAAAAGUGUAUAAGUAGAGAUCGAAUUUCUUAUAAAUAUCUUUGUAUGUACUAUUAGUUGUUUUGCUCAUUCGUUGUUCGGCUCACGCCAAUGCAAAGCAUACUUUUGAUCAAACUAAAGAUUUAUUUUUGUGUUUAACGAACUUGAUCGUUUGAGCGUAUACGCAGAAUAUUCUAGAAUUGAUUACAGGAACAAGUUAUGCUCAAAGCGAUCGCGCAAUCAUUAGAUCUGCUCAAAUGAUCAGUUGUCGAUAUCGUACAUUCUACGCACAGUGUGAUAAUUUAAUUAAUUAUUUGGCCAAAGUUUAUUUUAGUUGUUACACGGCUUAAAGCGUAAGUUUAUUUUUUAUCUUGUAUGUUAUUUUUGUCGUAUAUACGCGUAUUAUUGUUAAAAACAGGUAUUUAAUAUUAAAUUGUCGAGAUAAACGUAAACUUUGUAAUGAUUAAUGACUGUGUUGAAGAGAAAUGUAUAAGAUUUGUAAUUAAUGAGGACAGGCGUAAUGAUUUGUAAGUAAAUAUUGUGCGUGACAACGGGGUUUGGAAACUAUGUUCAUUUGCUUUCAAAAUUAACUGACGACGUCUGUAUGGACAACGAGAAUUUAUUGUAUCGUCGUUUUUGAGUCGUGAUUUCAAAAAAUAUAAGCAAAUUGGCAGCUAUGGCGAAAUUGAUACAUUUGUAAAUACCUUCAAAGGGUUAGUUGUUUUUUUUAUAAAUUAUGUAAAACAUUGUUUUCCGACCUCAAAGUUACAGCCAGUUCGAAAGGGACACAUGUAUAUAUUGUAGGCAUAAAGUAGGGUUUAUAUUAUUAGCUUAGGAAAUACGUGGCGCGUUUAAGAGAUGACUUUAUUCUUUGUCCCCUUCUCUAUAAACAUAGUCCACUUGAACGCUCAAUUUCUAGUCUUUAUUAUAUAUUUUUUCCACAUCUAUUCCAUUGUUAUCAACCUACAUUAUUUUGAGAUUGUUUACACUAAAUAUCUUUGUUUAGUUUUAAUAAUUGCAUAAUUUAUCGACUUCCUAAUUUGUAUUUUGUAAGACUCCUAAUUUAUUCCACUUAUAUCGAUGCAAAUUAUUAUUUCUGUUAUUGUUUUUUUUUUUCUAAUAUAAUUUUGUAAUCGACUUUCUUUGAUUUA